AUGUCAACUACACCACCCACACACAAUACUCUGGAUGGCUCCAAGGAAGAGGAUGAUGAUGACAGCAUUCUUGAUCAAGAGUUUGCUGUUGAAUUCCAUACCCCUCAGGCAUCCCACACUACUGCAUCCUUGUUGCCGCCAUUGAAGCGAUCCUCUGCCUCUGCUUGCUCCACCAGGAGUUCCAAACGUGCAAGGCCCAUAUCCAUCCUUGAACCAUCACCACCCCAAGCUGACAAUGAAGCUCAUGUGGACUUUGACCCCCAACUUACUGACUUUGUGGGAGAAAUGGAGAGAUCAAACUCCAUUGUGCCCCAUUCCUUUUCUGGUGCCCAGGAAUCUUCCUGCACCAGCAGCCUUGCUGUCAAUGCACCUCUCCCCAUAUCAGAUGGCAGAACCAAUGGUUCUCCCCAAACCUUUGUAGAAAAUCAUCAUACUAGCACAGUCAUGGGCUGCAAAUUUAACUCUAUAGUGGGUGAAGUAUAUGGGUUCCCAAUUGAUGAGCAGCAGCGUAUGUUCUCUAAUCAAUUUCACCCUGUAGAUACAGUUAUGGCCAAACUACAUUAUGAAUGCUACAAGGCUGGGGCUCCACAAUUUCUACCAGACAAGUUCAUUUCCAUAGUGCAGGAAGCUCACCAACAAUUUGGUUUUGAUCUUUCAAGUCCCUUCCUCACCAAAAGAGACUCACUGAUGGCACGGAUAAAGAAGACUGUUGGAGCAUCAGCUCCUACACCUACUAAUGUCAAUCUUGAGUCUGGCUUGAAAACUGUCAUAUACCGAUUUGAUCUCCAUCAAAGGCUCCAGGAUCACCUUAUCAGCAGUACCUUUGCAGACUACGAAAACCUCAGUAUUCCAACACCCCCCAACAACGAGGACUCACCCUUUGGUCUUGCUACCAUCUCUUCAGACUCAAGGGUCCACAACGACCUUGCUUCCUUUGCUUCUGGGGAGUGGUAUCGACAGGCCACCCAAAUGCCCCAUUAUAAGCAGAAGUUGGACAGUGGUAAAUAUCUUCUUCAUCCACUUGUAGCAUACAUGGACAAGACUGGUGUUGACAAGAUAGAGAAGAUCUCUGUUGAACCAGUGGCUGUAACUUCUGCUGACCUUGACCAGACAUCCCGGGAAAAAGCAGAGAACUGGGUCCUACUAGGAUAUGUCCCAAGCCUCAAGUGGCUACGGCAACAACGUUCGCCUACCACCACCACCAACAGUCGGAGUAUGGCACUGAGAGACUAUCACCACUGUCUGUCCAUCUUAUUGGAACCAUUGAAGACUAUCCAAUCUGAGCAGCCCCAAAGUUGUUCAGACGUGGCCCUCAUGUAG